AUGCGGGUCGCAGUCAAUCUAAAUAUGUUUCGUCAAGAGUUACCACUCCUUCAACGGUACAAAGCUGCAGCCGAUGCUGGAUUUCGUCAAGUUGAAGUAUCUUUCCCUUAUUCAGAAGGAGCCGAAGAUCUCAAAAAUACGGCUGAUUCACUUGGUCUCACCCACACGCUCAUCAAUGCCCCUCCUGGUGACUGGUCGCGCGGAUUUCGUGGUUUGGCUGCACUGCCGUCAUGUCAAAAUGAAUUUCGAGAAAGCAUCGAAACCGCUAUAUAUUACGCAAAAGCCUUGCGAUGUGAUAAGUACGCGUCUUAUUGCACGAAGCUUCGUUCAUAUAGGGUGCACGUCAUGGCUGGCAUACCUUCAAGCAGCAAUGAAAUCGACAUUGCAGGGUUAUUUUUGAAUAAUAUAACCUAUGCUGCCACCAAACUGAAAGAGGUAAGAGAUGUUGUUAGAUGUUUCUUUCCUUUAGCAAACAUUAUGUGUCUUAUCGAGCCGAUCAACCAUUAUACUGUACCUGGUUACUUCCUUUCCUCAUAUGAACAAGGUAAAUCGAAGAGUAUUAUCGACGCAGUGAAACUACCAAAUCUGAAAAUCCAGUAUGAUUUGUUUCAUGCUCAACAAAUUUGUGGACAAAUCUCGGCAACCAUAAGGAAGUAUAAAGACUUGAUUGGUAAGUACAGCGGAUAUGUGCAGGUUGCACAGGUGCCUUCAAGAGAUGAACCGUGCAUGCCUGGAGAAAUCGACUACAACUUCAUCUUUGGGCUUCUGCAAUCGACAAAUCCUGGUUGGAUUGUAGGACUUGAGCACAAUUUUCAUGAAGCUCAUAGUGCACCUCUUGAAUGGAUUCGUCAGUUCGGUUUAGCUAUGUAG